AUGAACCUGACCUGCCAACCUUCUAUAGAGAAGAGGCAAACCCAGUGGGAAAUUGACCCUAAUAUAGCCUCAGGGGCUGGCCAUGAAGUCUUAUUAUAUUCUCUUCAGGAAUAUAAUACAGACCUAGUAGGAAACCCCCUAUAUGCUAUGCCAUAUAACCUAGAGAAAGCUGAUUGGUCCAAAUUCAGCAAAAAGCUCUUAGAGCUUGACCAAUCACCUGACUAUAAGUGGGGACUCUAUACCCAAAAUGGUCUAGGCCAGCAGACUAGCCAAGACCUAGAAAUAGGGCUAGAGAAUGAAGCUUAUAAGCUGCAAAAAAUAAUCCAAAUAGCAGCUGAUUAUAGCAUCCCUAGGAAGAAGGCUUCUCAUUGGUCAAAGGCAUGGUGGUCAGAAAAGCUACUAAAGCUUAGGAAGAUACUAGGCCAAGCUAGAAAACUCUGGAAAAGGUCUCCUACCCCAGAAAAUCAUAAAGCCUAUAAUAGAGGCUAG